CAUAAAUAGCAACAUAAUAACUUUCUUUCCUAAAGCACCCCCUCACCUCUCUCUCUCUUUCUCUAUCCCUCUCUCUCGCUCAUGGCUCACCCAGAACAUGAUGAGAAGAAGCAUGAACUCAACAGAGACUUGUACAGUGCUCUGAUGAGAGGAGAUGGGAAUAAGGUAAUUGAACACUGCAAGAAAAUCCCACAAGGCCCAUUACACUCACUAACCAUACACAAUGACACAGUCCUCCACAUGGCUACUUACUCAAAACAAAAACAGUUAGUGCUUCAAUUGCUUCAAUUGUUGCCUGAUAAAGAUAGCAAUGAAGACAUCAUGGCAGAGAAUGAUAUUGGAAACACUAUACUCCAUGAGGCAGCUACUUCCAACAGGAUCGUCCUCGCGGCGAAAGAAAUGCUGGGAAAAGCUCCCGAGCUGUUGAGAAAGAAGAACAGGAGGGGAGAGACUGCUCUUUUCCGAGCCGCCCGGUACGGGAAAAUGGAGAUGUUCAAGUUCCUUGAUGAUGAAGUCAAUAGAGUCUGUGAAAAUGAAAGAAUAGAAAAGACAGAAAGAUGCAGAGAGUUUUAUCAAAGGGACGAUAAUACCACCAUUCUUCACAUUUCCAUCCUCACUGAGCACUUCGACUUGGCCUUUUAUAUUGCCAAAAAGCACAAAGAUUUAGUAAGUGCAGAAGACGGAGAUGGGAUGACAGCUCUUCAACUUCUUGCAUUCAAUCCCUCAGCAUUCAAUGAUGGUCGAAAACGAAGAUGCCCAAAGCGGUUCAUCAACAACUCUUGUGUCUCUACUGAAGAUACUCCUAUGGCAAAGGAAGAAGAUACUUUUGUUGUGACAGAGCAAGUUGAAUCAUGUUGUAGAAUCCCUCUGUGGGGAACUAUUCAAGGAAAAAACCAAAGAUAUGAAUCAGCUGUGAGGCUUGCCAAGUACUUAAUAGCGAAAGAUACUUCAUGGGAGGCAACUGCAUCUGCCAUGGAUGACGGUAAGCCUAGGACUCACAAAUAUGGAUCACCUAGAACAUCCUCCAUCCCUUCCGAUGGCCAAGAAGUAAUAAGGGAGGAAGAAAAGUCAACCACAUCAAGUCAAGAGACAAUCGGAGGGAAGACUGCGGAAACUCCAUUGUUUUUGGCUACUAAAUCAGGCAUUUUAGAGAUUGUUGAAGAAAUACUACGCAUGUAUCCUCAGGCAGUCGAGCAUAUUGAUCAUGAAGGACGUAAUAUACUUCAUGUAGCCAUCAAGUAUCGCCAAAUACAUAUUUUUGAUUUCGUGGAGAAAUUGGAAAUUCCAAUGAUGAGGCUUUUAAGAAAGAUUAACAAUGAUGGGAACUCUAUACUGCAUAUGGUUGGGACUAAGACAGAAGAUGCUGAAGACAUGCGAAGCCCUGCUCUACCAUUGCGAGAGGAUUUGCUCUUGUUUGAGCGUGUGAAAAAGAUCUCCACAGCCCAUUUCAUUGAGCACCUCAACAAUGAUGGACUGACCGCUGAAAAGCUCUUUGCCAAAAACAAUGCUACACUUCGUAAAGAAGCCAAAGAAUGGUUAAAGCGCACUGCAGAAAAUUGCUCCAUUGUUGCUGUGUUGAUUGCCACUGUUGCCUUUGCUGCAGCCUACACAGUACCAGGAGGUCCAAAUCAAAACACCGGUUACCCACUUCUCCAAACCAAACCAUUCUUUGUGAUUUUCACCUUGACCGAUGUUAUCUCCCUUACAUUUGCUUUGACAGCCGUCAUCACAUUUUUGUCAAUCCUCACAUCAUCAUUUCAGUUAAAAGACUUCAGGCGGUCUCUUCCCCAAAAACUUAUGCUGGGACUUUCAUUAUUGAUCCUUUCUGUGUCAAUGAUGAUGCUUGCAUUUGCAGCAACAGUGAUCCUAUUGCUUCACAACAAGGAACAAUGGACUAGAAUUGCCUUAUACUCUGUGGCAUUCUUCCCGGUCUGUAUCUUUGCACUUUCUUACUUGCCUUUAUAUAUUGAGCUGAUGAAAACUUUCAUGCACUCACUUAAGAAAAUAGGAGCGGUUUGUCCCCGGUAUAAUGGUGUUUUUCUCCAAUCUUGGGUCACCAAAUCAUUCGGCUCUAGCAAAAACCAAUCCCCAAAUCUCUCCAACCCCACUCAUUAUCAUGUUUAAAAGGUUGUGACCCUGAAUUGUAGCAAAAUCCUACCAAAUUGUUUCUAGAAUACUUGGAAAAAGAAUUCUAAGAAGCAGUUUGGAGUUGAAAAUAUCUAUUAUGUAUAUAUAUUUAUGUUUGUGUGUAUGGAAGCUAGACAAACAUAUGUUUUAAAGCUAUACUAGUAUUGUUAUGAUGUUCUGAAUUGGUUUUUCAAUAGAUAUGAAGCAUGCCUAGUUGGUGCCAUUUUUGUACUGUAUUUA